ACAAAACUUUAGCGAUUGGCGCUCUUUCUUCCUUCAUUCUGUCGUUCUGUCUUGUCUUUCAAUUUUACAGAAAAUGGCUUCCGAGGAGUUGGUGACUGAGCAAUUUCAACUUUUAGGUAUUCAUGUUGAAAGAGAAGUUUUAAUCAAAUGUGUUAGUAUAUGUGAAGAUAACUCCGUUGACGCAGAAACAUUCAUAGAAAGAUGGAUGGCGUUCAGUUUAAACCAUUUGAACAGUGCAUCGCCUACUUUAGAGAAUCUAGAUUUACUGUCACGAAAGGAAUUUUCCAAGCGAGCGUCGGAGCGGCCCAACGCUCCCGCUAAAGAUGCCUCACGGAUAAGUACCGGUACAACUUUGACAGUUUAUGGUGCACCCACUACAGCUCAAUUAGAUAGCAAUGUCCUGUCAAAUUAUAUGACAACAACUCCCAAGAGGGUUAAAGUAGAGCCAGACUUGGUACCAGAUAAGACUGAACUGUGUCCCAUCACAUACUCACCAACAACGGGAAAAUCUGCUAAAUAUGCUUCUAGAGGCAAUCAAGGUAUUGUUGUACAUUCAUAUGGAGACCAGAAAUUAUUAGAAGACUUAUCACACCAAAAUAAUCUCCUUGACACUUUAAGUCUCAACAUUACACAGGUUCCCAAUGAGGAUGGUGAUGUUUAUACCAAAGCAAUGUUUGGCUUUGAACUACUUCAUGAGAAAGCAAGCAUAUAUGACAACCACAUUAGUUACUUAUCACAAUGUAUAAUGCAAAAGGCUGGCAUUACAGAAACUAGUUCAACUAGACAUAAAACACAGACAGAAGUAUGGGUGUGUGGUCGGAUAGAGUGCGAUGCGGACGCGCGACUCAAUCCGAAGUGUGUGGUGCUGCAGGGGACCUGGGAGCACUCGCUCAGCCAGACCGUUCCUGUCGACCUGGAUAAUUUGAAACAGUACUCCCUGUUCCCUGGGCAAGUUGUGGUGAUGCGCGGCACCAACCCGCGCGGCGACCGAUUCGUGGCGCACGAAGUCCUGUGCGACGCCGCGCGUCCUGUGCCCGACCACAAUGCUGACAUUAUGAACACUUUGCAAGGAAAAAUGUCGAUGAUAUUCGCGGCGGGCCCGUACACGACGUCGGACAACAUGUCGUAUGAGCCCUUCAAGGACCUGGUGUCCUACAUCGCCUUCCACCGGCCGCACGUGGCCGUCCUCGCCGGGCCCUUCAUGGACUGCGAUCAUACCAAGAUCAAUGACAACUCCAUGGCAGAAACCUAUAAGUCCUUCUUCGAGAAGCUUAUGGACAGUUUAGCGGCAUUACAGACAACUAGCCCCUUCACGAAGAUCUAUAUAGUGGCGAGUCAAAAGGACGCAUUCCACGUAAACAUAUACCCGACCCCGCCGUACUCCACGCGGCGGAAACAUCAAAACAUAUUCUUUAUGCCCGACCCGUGCACUCUCAACGUGAACGGUGUGAUCGUGGGGGUCACCAGCACUGACGUUUUGAUGCACAUCAGCCAGGAAGAGAUAUCAUUGGGCACAGUGGGAGACAAGCAGUCGCGGCUGGCGGGCCACAUGCUGGCCCAGCAGAGCUACUGGCCUCUGCUCAGCCCCGCGCUGGCCGCGGACGCGGCGCUGUGGACUGCGCAUGCGCAGCUCCACGCCACGCCGCAUCUGCUGCUGCUGCCCUCCAACUUCAGAUACUGCAUCAAGGAAGUGAACGGUUGUGUGGUGGUGAAUCCCGAACAUCUGACAAAAGGUCUGUCGGGCGGCACGUUUGCGCGCCUCCACAUCACAGGCGGUGAGAAACUCAAUGUCGCCGCGCAAAUACUUCGCAUUUAAAUAUAAAAUAAAAACUUUAACUUAAAA